AAAUGUUGGUUACCGUGGAAACGUGGGGAAUUGAACGGAGAGCCGCGUUAGGAAACGAGCUCAGGUCCUUCACAAUAAAAGCCCUGUUGUGUUUCGUGUCCGUGGCCCUGGUGGAGACCCUUCGUGGAGCCCAGAGGUCGGGCUGAAGGCCACCAGGACAUUUGGUUGAGGUUUGCGGUCGCCUCUGAUUUCUCCUGCGGUUCCCCUGCAGCUUCGCUCCAGUCUGGCUUUUCUCUCUGAGGUUUGCAGAAAUGUGCUGUGUGUGCAGAGCAACGCGAGUGUGUAAAAUGUCCUGUUCUCCUGUCCGCAGAGAAAGGAUGGUGGCCGACAGCUUGAAUUCCGCGGGCCGCCGCUGGAGCCCGUUCCGCAGCAUCAAGGUGUUUGUGCUGUGCCACAGCCUGCUGCAGCUGGCUCAGCUUCUCGUGUCAGGCUACAUGAAGAGCUCCAUCUCCACCAUCGAGAGGCGCUACGGCCUGUCCAGCCAGAAGUCCGGGAUCCUGGCCGCCUUCAACGAGGUGGGCAACACCGUCCUCAUCGUCUUUGUGAGUUUCUUCGGCAGCCGCGUCCACCGGCCGCGGUACAUCGGGUGCGGAGCUCUGCUGGCGUGCCUGGCCUCACUGCUGAUAGCGGUGCCUCACUUCCUGAGUGGAGAGUACACCUACACGGACAAGAUCACCACAUCCAGCGGUAACAAGUCCGGCCUCUGCUUCUCCUCGUUGCCCUCCAAUCAGACAUGCCACAAGGAGGACAGCGACACCCAGUGGGUCGUCUACCCGCUGCUGCUGCUGGGCCAGCUGCUGCUGGGCAUCGGCGCCGUUCCUAUCCAGCCCUUCGGCAUCUCCUACAUCGACGACUACGCCAGCAGGAGGAACUCUCCGCUCUACCUUGGCAUCCUUCUGGCCAUGACCUCUAUCGGUCCGGCGCUCGGCUUCGUCACCGGAUCCUUCCUGCUGCGCAUCUAUGUGGACUUUGACAAACUGUCCAGAGAUGACAUAACGCUGGAUCAGACAGACCUCCGCUGGGUCGGGGCCUGGUGGCUGGGCUUCCUCAUGGCCUCCGGCUUCCUCUUCCUCACUGCUUUGCCGUACCUGUUUUUCCCCAGAGAGAUGCCCAAAGAGAAUGGAGCGGAUGACCAGGAGUCCAGAACCGACAUCAAGUCGCCGCCGCAGACCGACCCCAUGAGGGAUCUCACCCUGCUCCAGUUCCUUAAAAGUUUCCCUCGCAUUGCCCUGCGGACACUGAGCGGUCCCAUUUACCUCCUGGUGGUUCUGGCGCUGGUAAACAUGGCGGCGCUGGUGUCCGGCCUCGCCACCUUCAUGCCCAAGUUCAUUGAGAAGCAGUUCAGCCAGACCAUUCCCUUCUCCAACAUGAUGAUCGGAGGAGUUGGCAUGCCGCUGGCGGUGGUGGGUGUGGUUCUGGGUGGAGCAAUGAUGCGACGGUUCAACAUGUCGGUCGCCGGCGCCAGCAAGCUGUGCGCGACGGCCAUCUUGCUCUGCCUGAUCUCUGCCCUGCCCAUGAUCUUCAUCGGCUGCCCCACCCAGAGGGUCGACGGGAUUUACCCUGUCAGGUACAGUUCCCCAGAGUGCAGCGCUGGCUGUGGCUGUCCUGCGGACGCGUUCAAUCCCAUCUGCGGCUCCAAUGGCGAGGAGUACAGGUCUCCCUGCCACGCUGGCUGUUUGGCAAAAGAAAUGAGUACCAGCAACAAACCCACGAACUUCACAAACUGUCGGUGCAUCAACAACGGUUCUGGUUGGGCCCGGCCCGGGACCUGCGGCAGUGGCUGUUCCAACCUUCUGCCUCCCUUCAUCAUCCUGAUGGGGCUCACCAGCUUCAUCAUCGCCUUCACCCAGACGCCCUCCUACAUGAUGGUGCUCAGGACGGUUCCACCUGAAGAUAAGUCCUUUGCUGUGGGAGUUCAGUACAUGCUGUUCAGAGUCCUAGCAUUCCUGCCCGGCCCGGUUCUGUAUGGCAGUGCCAUUGACACCACCUGCAUCCUGUGGGGUGCGAAGUGCGGAAAGAGGACUUCCUGUCUCUACUACAACCUGGACGGCUUCAGACACAGGUUCCUGGGUCUGAUGGUGGUGUUUGUCUGCGGAACGCUGCUCUGCUUCGUGCUGACCAUCAUUGUCCUGAGGAGAAGAACCGGAACUUUCCAGCUGCCGCCCGGAACCAGAGGCUCCCACUACGAGAUGGUGGGAGAGCAGAAUACUUCAGAGAAAGAGCAGACAGCAUUGAAGACCUGAAGAGAGGCAGCAGGAAGACAAGCUCCUGACCAGAACAGGAAGUGUUCCUGAUGGGAACAGGAAGCUGCCCACUGGUUCUCCUCGUGUUGGCAUAAAGAGCCCUAACAAGACAGUGUUUUUAUGUUUGUGCCUCUACUACUCUGCACCCUCUGCUAAGGUUUGCUGUGAGUUUUUGUACACAAAAUGUUUUUUAUGAUGAAUUUUUUACCUGUCCUGUGGAACCUCGGUGGGUUCUGCAGUCCGAAGCAGAACAAAGACAGAAAACUGACCUUUAAAUGGUUUUUAUGGGACUUUUCUUAGUGAACUAUGGUGCAGCUUUCAAAGUGAAUACAGAAACAUUGUGAAAAGAAAAUAUAAGCUCCUUCCAUUAGCAGUGACCUGCAGUUCUAACCUGAACCCGGUCCAUUCUGUACAUAAACCUAGACUCUGUCUCAAAGGCUAUCAGUCACACAUCUCCUCUUUAACCUGACAAAAGCUGCAGGGAAACUGAAACCCUGUCGACUUUAGACAGGGUCUUCAGAAAUCUGCUUUUAAGAAGCUGGAGUUCUGCCACUUUCCACUAAGUGCUGCUCAAACGAUCAGAGCUCUAAGUGAAGAGGAAGAUGAGGUGAAAGGCGGAUGAAGACGGCUACCUGACACCAAGAGAGGAACAAAAAUCUGUGAAUUCUUCAGAUCAGAGCAAAAGUCCCGACUUUUCUGCUGCUGCUUCAUGUUUUCAGACGUUUAACCAAAUUUCAGGCUUUACGAAACUGUUUUAUAUGCCUCUACUACAUAUAAAAUGUAUUUUUUUUACAAGUGUGUUUAAGAAUUUUGAUUAAAUCUUCUGGACCUUUUCAGAACAGAAACAGUGAUUCAAGGAAACGUAUGUAAAAAAAAUACUAACGUUUGUUUGUUUUAUAAACUGUUUUCUAAGAGUAAAAA